ACUUUAAAUCAUGAUAUUAUUUUAAUUCAGGUUAAGAUGACAUUACUCAAAAACAAAAAAACAAUUAUACCUGAAAUUUACACCUAACAUUCAUUGAUGAUAGAAAAUGAAUAAUGUCAUUCAAAAAUGUAUAGUUUCAAUCACCAUAGCAACCGUUGCUAUGCAUAUUUAAAAUCACAUGUUUUUUCAAUAAAAUUUAAGUGAAACAACCGAUAAAAGUUUAUAUAUAUUAUUAUAGAUAUAGUUUUUGUAAAUAUUUUUUUUAUAUUGAUUAUCUAUGAAUGCCAUAUAUUAUGGUUAUGUAUAUAUGCAUUUUAAAAACAAACCGAAAUUUUAGUGCAAAGUGAUUAUUUUCUCCAUAGCAACAAAGAAAAAAAAUACCACAAUUGUAGAAAAAAUGCAGAACUGUAAUUUAUUAUAAUUUUUCUGUUUAAAAAUAUAUUCAGAUUAUAAUUAUAAAGAAAAUAUUAUUUUAAUGGAUUGGUAGGCAUUAUAAGAUACAAAAUAUGAGGUUAUCGCUAUAGCAACCAAUGACACAUUAGGCGUGUUCUCUGAUUGGCUGAAAGUUUUGAAGCACAUGCAAGGCCGGCAUGAAGGUUUCACAAGCAGUAGGCCUAGAUUAUUAGGCCUACAAACGAGGUAAGUUUCUUGUGUUUUCCCCAUUUGUUUGUUGUAUUUAUAUGUAGACAACAUACAGAUAUAAUUCAAGAAGUUAAUAUGCUAAAGUUACAAUAUAAAUUUAGAAUUUAAGGCCAGAUUCUAAGUGAUAUUCUAGGCCUCUUGAUUGCAGCUUUUCUAGGCUAUGCUUAGGCUCUGGUAGGCGUAUGCCUAGGCCAUGCCUAGUGGGGCAAUCUUUAGUUACGCCCAGUAGGUUUUAGGCCUACGCUGGAUUUGUAGCUAUGACAAACAUGUUUACAAAGCUUAGAUAUAUAAUUUAAAAUCAUGCCUGGAAAUAUAAAUUACAAUCAGAAUAAUCGUAAUCUAAUCUGUUAGGAAAGAAAAGUGACCUAAAAAUUGUAAAAAUAUGCAAUUAAUAAUCAACAGUAUAAUGUAGGUCUUUACACAAUUUUUUUUUCAACAGAAACCUUUUCAGAAACGUACAGAAUGGUACAGAACACCUAGCUUUAAAAAUAGCUAAAUUUAUACAAUGGAGGCCUACAUGUUAUUUGGUAGACAAACUGAUACAGACAUGAGGAGAACUGAAAGCCUUGAGAGGGAUUUUUACCAUUUGCAGAGGUGAUAAAUUCAUUAAUACAGUUGAGAUAUCUACUUGAAAAUGGAAAGGUCUUCGAUACUAAAAAGCCUUGGCAGAGAUGUAUGUCUAAUUUGCAGAGGUUCAAGGGGACCGCUAUCAGCUAGAGAACUUGAAUAUAAAAUCACACAAAAAGGAUUGUCAACGUUGCUGAAGUCAUGUGACGAGCGUCAGGAUGAGGUAGCAGAUAUUGUUCAACAUAUCCGAGGUACUUCACAGAUGCUAAAAGUUCGAUUUCAUUUUCAGUGUCGGUCUACAUACACAGACACACGUAAGCGUAGUCUUGCACUUAAACGACGACAAGAUGAAAAUAAUCCCAAUCCCAAGGAAUCAAAGAUAACUAGAGUAAUGUCAUUGUUUUCAUGGGAUGAACAAUGUUUUAUAUGUGGUAAGCCAGAAAAUAGAAAAAAGGGUAAAAUAUUGUCAAAUGUAAACUUGAAACCAAAGAAAGUUCGGCAAAAGGUUUUAGAUACUGCUAGGGCAAUAAACGACCAAAUUGUCAUUCAACGUCUGUUAUUUGAAGAGGAUAUUUUUGCAAAAAAGGCAAAAUAUCAUAAAUUGUGUUAUCAAACAUACACUUGUAAAAGAAAUGUUAAUGCAAGAACACACACUCUGAAGAAGGAGUUUACUGAUUCAACCAUAGAUAGUUUUGUGAAAACAACAUUCUUACAUUUCAAAGAUGCAUUCGAUAGUGGAAAAGUUGUUCUUCUUUGUGACAUGAGAAAAUUCUAUAAUGAAUGUAUUGUAAAUAGUGAUGCAAGUUUAAAGGUACAAGCAAGGUCAUUUUUUAUUAAGGAAAAGUUGUUGAAGUUAUAUGGUAGCUGCUUAUCAUUUUAUAGCCAGAGAGGGAGACCUGAUGUUGUUUGCUCUAGUUCUUUAACGGUAGGGUGCCUAAUGAAAAGUGUGCAAGAUUUAAUGGAAUCUGACAUUGAACAUGAAGCUGAGGAAGAAGUUGAGAACGAAGAUCAUAUUCUUCACAAGGCGGUUAGUAUCCUUCGGAAUGAUAUAGAGAAGAUUGAACCAACAAUUUACUACCCAAGCGCACACGAAAUUAAUAUUGAUACUUCCGCUGCCUUCCUGCCAAAGAGGUUGCAGAGAUUUAUUCAGUGUCUAUGUGAUAAAACGGCUUUUAAUUCAUCAGAUAUUGAUCACGUUUCUUCGGAAGAUGUUAAACGACGGUAUAUUUCCCUUGCUGAAUGUAUUGUAUACUGUUCUCGUCGUGGGAAAUCUCAAGUCAUCCCACCGUUUCAUAUUGGUCUUAUGACUCAACUACAGCAUGAAUAUGGAAGUAGAAACCUAAUAGACACUCUUAAUGCAUAUGGAAUGUGUGCGAGUUAUGACGAAUUGAGGAUUUUUCAAACAGUAGCUGCUGAGGCGCAAAUUUCUAGAGCAAAUGAUGGUGUUUAUGUACCACCAGGGAUUGUCAACAUGCAAGAAGGAGGUAGUUUGAUACAGGAGGGCGAUGACAACGUUGAUAUAAAUGUGGAGACGAUCGAUGGUAAGAACACAUAUCAUUCAAUGGCAAGAGUCAUAUUCCAAGAACAGGAUCCAAGGCACAAGCAGCCUCUCAUCCAUAAACUUAAACGGUCGACACAUAAAACACUUAAAUGCAAUGAUACCACAUUUUUGAGGACAUUACCAUUUGAAAAGCCAAAGGUUCGCCCAGAACCAUCCCGUCUUCCUAUGGGAACAAAUGUCGUCACUCAGUACGUGAAAAAGCUUUUACCAUUUCAUUGUACGAAAGACAUUGUAUGGACUUUGCUACGCCAAGUAUCACGAGGAGUGUAUCAUGUACCACAAAGUGUGCACUAUUCUCACGAUCAAGUCAUUUCCUCCUGGACAGGUUUCAAUUCUAUUGUCUCUUCAAGAAAUAUGGAAAGUGUUUCAUUUAUUGCAUAUCCUCCGAUUAUAGAAGCUCCUCCAUCUGAUAUGAGCACUGUAUACACCACACUCAAACGAGGCAAGGACUUGGUGGAAAAGUGUGGCCAGCUUUGUCAUGUGCAUACAUUUGAUCAACAACUAUAUGCUAUUGCACAAAUGGUCCGAUUAAGUCAUCAACAUGAAUUUCCCAACCUCAUUGUCCGACUUGGUGGAUUCCAUACGAUGGCAACCUUUAUUGCUUGCAUUGGAAAAAUUUGGGGAGAUGCUGGUUUGAGAGACAUACUGGCAGAUUCUAAUGUGUAUGCCCCAGCAAGUGUCGAGAUGAUGCUAUCUGGAAAACAAUUUCAUCGAGCAAUUAGAGGAUUGACAUUAGUUUUUGAGGCUCUAAUUCAACAGCUAAUUGGUAAUUUUCUGAUGUGGGUAGAAGAACACCACACAUUCAAAGAUCUGGAAGAGACCAUAACUCAUCUGUGCAAUGUACAAGAGAAAUUUGUAACAAAGAAGGACAUGUCACCAGAGAUAAUUACUGAUCUUACAAUUACAGUGGAACAAAAACUACUCCCACUUUUGAAAGAAUUUGUAGCGUGGGGUCGACAAGCAUCAUCAACUUUUGCAUUCUGGGAUAAUUUCCUAAUUGCAAUGCAAAUAGUUCUCUCUAACAUCAGAGCUGAAAGAGAAGGUGAUUGGAAAUUACAUUUAUCUAGCAUUUUUAGCAUGCUGCCGUACUUCUUUGUAGCAGAUCGACCUAAUUAUGCACGUUGGGGCACACUAUAUGCUGUGGAAAUGCUCCAUUAUCUUCCCGAGUCAGUGUCUGAAGCAUUUCACAAUGGAAAAUUUCCAGUAAGACAAACUUCAGGAAAGUUUAAAGGAACUUGGACUGACAUGGCAGUGGAAUCAACCAUAAUCAAAGACAGUAAAGGUGACAGCGGAAUAAUCGGGUUAACCCGUAAAGAAUCAGCUGUCCUUAGGUGGACGUGUAUUCGCCAUAUUCUGGGGGAGUAUUCCAGAAAUAUGCAUCUCCGAAGUGGUUUAAAAAUGCCUGAUACGACAUUCCAUGAGCAAACUAAACCAGCCAUGAUGAAAAGAGAUGAAGCAGAUGCUCAACAAAUAAUUAGUCACAUUAAGAACAACAUGACAGAUCCUUUCAACACAUCGUCACACCCAUCGCUUCUAGUAAACAUUGGUACUGGCCUUGUUGCUACAUCAGAUAUUAAUGAUUCAUUGUUGAAAGCUGUAGAAAAGGGUGAAAAGAUGUUGGAUAACUUUCUGAAAUCCCGCCUUAUUCAAAAUCUUGAGAAGAACACAUCAUUUUAUCAGCCAAUUACCAGAUCUGGGUUGAAAACUCUCAAAAUCAUGAUGAAAACCACAAAUGUCAAAAUCAAAGGGAAAAACAAAAGGAUAGCCGUGUCCCCAGAACUUAUCUAUCAGCGAGCACUCUCAUUGUCUAAAGUUAGACCAGAUAUAAAUUUAAACACAGUCUUAAGUUACCCGGUAACAUCUGUUCCUCCAGCAUUGUUCAAGGAAGAUGGGAGCAAGCGUAGAACCAACAAAUCUGAUCUUCUUCAUGUCAUGGAAGAAAUAGGAAAACAAUCAGCAACAACCCUUCCACAAACAUAUGUAACAUCUGCUGUUCUGAUAGAUGGAAUGGCCGAGUUGCAAAAGAUGAAUGUAAGAAAUAUGACAACAUUUUCUGAUAUUGCAAACUCUUGCUUUGGAAAAAUUACAAAUCUGUUUCAUUCAUAUGAAGAAGUACAUUUGAUUUUCGACAGGUAUGACGAUGAAUUUUCGCCAAAAGAUGAAGAGAGAGAUCGUAGACGUGGCUCUGGAAAUCAGUACCACUACCAUGUUGAAGAGAACAGAGCUCUUCCAAAAUGGAAAACCUUCAUGGGUGUUUCUCACAAUAAAGGGGAACUGACUAACUUCAUUUCAAGUUAUGUUGAAGAAAAGGCAGUCCAACACCCAGAAGUCUUUAAGACAAAAUAUCACAAAUUAUUUAUUGCAGGGGGUUAUUCAUCAAGAUUGGCAACAAAGAAGAUAGAUUUCACAGGAGUCAGCAUUAUUGUAGAAGAGCUAUCUUCAACACAAACUGAGGCUGAUACGCGGAUAAUGCUGCAUGCCACACAUUUUAACAACCGUAUGACCACUUUAAAUUGCGUAGGGCGUCUAGUUGUUCAAUCACCGGAUACAGACGUGCUGGUUCUUUUGACAUAUUAUUGCCAUGAAAUGAAGGCUGUUCAGGAAAUAUGGUUUGAGACAGGACAAGUAAUGAAGAUGCUUGAUUUAAGAAGAUAUAUCCCUGUACACCUAAUUGCAAGCCAGAUUGGAGAAGAUAUUUGCAAGGAAAAGUUAAAGAAUCUUCAAACACUUAAAUGCGAUAAUGAAGUUAAGACCAUAAGCUCUUCCACAGAGUUUGUAACUGCACUUUAUGACCCAGCUUUGAAAUUUAAAGGAACACACAAGUCUCUUAAUAAGCUACGAGUUCGCAUGGCUUCAACACGUUGUACUUUGGUGUCUAAACUUCCACCUUGUGAAGCAUCAUUCUUACAACAUGUUAAGCGUGCCUCAUGGCAGACAAAAACAUGGUGCAAUUCGCAUGUUCCAAAGCCAGAAUUGCCUAAACCUAUUGGAAAUGAUGGGUUAGCAUGCUCUGAAGUAUGUCGUUGUGAAAGUGGAGAAAACUGUAAUAAUCCACAUAAUGACAAAGUAGUAACAGAAGACUAG